AUGUCGCAGAUACCGGAACUUCCGGACGAGCUUUGGCUCCAUAUUCUCGAGCAAAUUAAACAUCUCGAGUCAUUACACACCAUUUCGCUAUUGAACCAGCGCUUCCAUGCGCUCGUACAAGAGGAAUCGAUCUGGAAGGAGCUCUGUUAUCAAUAUAAAUUCAACAAAGAGGCACGCUGUAGCUCAUCGACCUCCAAGGCAUUCUUCAAGCAUUGUUUCAUCCUAGAUUACAACUGGCGCAACGCGACACAGCGCAGGGAAUGCCAGCAGAAACUCGACGUAAGAGGCGCUGCGCCGCGCAUCAUGAGCAGGUCGGGCGCAUGGGCUAUCAAGGGCGUCUCUGCGGCCUUGGCAGCCAACGUCCCGGCCAGUAUCAACGCCACGAAUACCUCUUUUGAUGGUAGGGUCGGGGUUGUGAGUAGUGGACGGGUGCGCACGUUGAGUGUGGUUGCGUAUAUGGGCAGCCAUGUCCAAGUAUACGACCUCUCUGCGUCUGUACCUGUGGCGACCUAUGCAAUCCCUGAAGAUAAAGUGCGCACGAUGGUUCUUGUUCUCAGUAACGAACCGUCGAAGGAGACGGCCGAGUGCGCACCCGGAGUCAGAGGCGGAGAUGGAAUGCAUAUAGAGGAAAGACUGGGGCCUGGCGUCUUUAGAGGAUGGGGCAACAAGCAAAUGAGACUUAUCACUGGCGGGGAGAAGAUUAAAGUCUGGCGACUUCCUACCCGGAUAGGAGAAAAACCAGUAGUCUUGACCCCCACUGCCUCCAUUCGGUGUCUCACCCUUGUGAAUGCAUAUCUAGUCAGUGGCUCACGGGAUGGCUCAGUGGCUCUGUGGAAUCUCCAGACGAAUGAAAAGCUGGGGGAUCUAGAGGGAUUCAUGGAUAGUGUCAUGUGCUUGGAUGCCCAUCGCACCCGAGGUAUUGUCAUUGGUGGGUCGAUGGACAAAUCUGCCAAGGUUUGGCAUCUCAGUACAGGAAUGACUUUGCGACUCCUCGGACACCAACUCAGUGUCCACCGAGUCUUGCUCGAUGAUCAUCGAGCUUUCACCGCAUCUAUGGACUCGAGUGUGAGAAUGUGGGAUGUAGACACAGGGGAUUGCAUGUGCGUCCUCACGACUCAUCGGACGAGUGUGAUUCACCUCGGCAUCUUCGAGUCCUUGGGAUGCAUGCGCUCCCUGGUCUCCGUUUGCUUCAGUGGGAUCGCAGCGGUGCAUGGACUGUCGGCCCAAUCAAAGACCGCUACUGAGUACAACGAUGAAGCACUCGCAAUUGAUGAGAGCAUCUAUCCUCACUCGAAAUUGGUAGCCAACUCUGGCGCACCUUUGCCAAAGAGUGGGGCUCUCGCAUCCUUUGCUUCUGAUACUCCGCCAAUCAAAUCUUCCAAGGGAUUCAAUCUUCAUCUAUCCCAAAUCGUCGAUGUUGCAAGCAACGAGUCUUAUUAUGUCGUUGGUUCAUUGGACGGACAAAUUUCCGUCUUCCAGCCAAUCCCUAUCCCACAGGAAGACCAAGAGCCCAUGCAGCGAACCAGCGAACCCAACGGAUGCACGUUUGCUGGCCCAGUCGUAAUUGGUAGCAGCACGCCACUAAACUGGGACGACUCGGCGGGCCGAAAACGUAACUCGCCUGUCAAGCUCAUACGUACCAUCGAAACCGGGCUUUAUGCCUUGUUUCGUGUCUCAGCUCUGCCCAACGGUAUCGUCGUCGUCGGAACAAAGGAUAACGGGGAGAUGGUACUCAUUCAUUACGACUUUACGCCGCGAUAA